UUUAUCUGCUCAUUUCAGUCUGCAGGCAGGAAGAGAUGGCAGCCGGGGAGACUCAGCUCUACGCUAAGGUCUCCAACAAGCUCAAGGGCCGCAGCACCCCCUCCCUCCUGGACUCCCUUCUGGGGAUGGGCUUCCCCGCACACACCGUGCUAAAGGCAUUGGCAGCUACUGGAAGAAAGACAGUGGAAGAGGCAUCGGACUGGCUGCACUGUCAUUGCAAUGACCCCUCUCUAGACGACCCCAUCCCCCAGGAGUACGCUCUUUUCCUCUGUCCCACCGGGUCCCUGCUGGAAAAACUUCAGGAGUUCUGGAGAGAAAGCAAGCGUCAAUGCACAAAGAACAGAGCUCACGAGGUCUUCCCUCACAUAACGCUCUGUGACUUCUUCACGUGUGAAGACCAGAAGGUGGAAUGUCUGUACGAGGCUCUAAAGAGAGCUGGGGACAGGAUCCUGGGCUCCUUCCCCUCCGUCGUCCCUCUGGUUCUCCACUCUUCCGUCAGCUACCUGGGCUUCUUCGUGAACGACAGCCCUGCAGACGUCAUCCGGGAAUUCGCCGCGACGUUCGCCACGGAAGCAUCCGUCUUAGCAGACUGCACAGUGAAGCCUUGCACCAAGCAGCUGCACCUGACCCUGGCCCACAAGUUCUACCCCCACCACCAGAGGACGCUGGAGCAGCUGGCCAGAGCCAUCCACCCGGGCCACAGCUGCCAGUGGACCGCAGCCCUGUACUCCCGAGACAUGCGUUUUGUGCACUACCAGACCCUGAAGGCCCUGUUCCAGUACAAACCGCAGAACGAGGACGAGCUGACGCUGAGUCCCGGCGACUAUAUCUUCGUGGACCCCACCCAGCAGGAGGAAGCCAGCGAGGGCUGGGUGAUCGGCAUCUCGCAUCGCACGGGCUGCCGGGGCUUCCUGCCAGAGAACUACACGGAGCGAGCCAGCGAGUGUGACACCUGGGUGAAGCACAGGACGUACACCUUCAGCCUAGCCGUGGACCUGAACUCCAGAAAGGACGGCGCAGCCAGCAGCAAACGGAAUGGGGAAUUUCAUCCUCCACAAACGUCAAGGAGCCUCAGCAGCGUGCAGGCUUUGCAGGCCACAAUAGUGAGGAAAAGCGUGUUGGUGGUGCGGCACGGAGAGAGAGUGGACCAGAUAUUCGGGAAGUCGUGGCUGCAGCAGUGUUCCACGCCUGACGGGAAAUACUACCGGCCAGACCUCAACUUCCCUUGCAGCCUGCCCAGACGGAGCAAUGGCAUCAAAGACUUUGAAAACGAUCCACCGUUAUCGUCUUGUGGAAUUUUCCAGUCCAGAAUGGCAGGGGAAGCGCUCCUGGACAGCGGCAUCAGAAUCACCUCGGUCUUCGCCUCCCCAGCCCUCCGCUGCAUACAGACAGCCAAACACAUCCUGGAAGAACUCAAACUGGAGAAGAGAAUUAAAAUAAGAGUGGAACCCGGAAUCUUCGAGUGGACAAAGUGGGAGGCCGGCAAAGCAGCCCCGACCCUCAUGAGCCUGGAGGAGCUGAGAGAGGCGAAUUUCAACGUCAGCAUGGAUUACAGGCCUGUGUUGCCCCUCGCCUCCCUCAUGCCGGCCGAGAGCUAUGAUGAGUAUGUUGACAGAUGUGCCAUGAGCAUGGAACGGAUAGUCAGCAUCUGUCCAGAGGACGGUGUCAUCCUAAUCGUGGGCCACGGCUCGGCACUGGACUCCUGCACGCGCCCGCUUCUGGGGCUGCCCCCGCGGGACUGCGGAGACUUCGCACAGCUGGUGAGGAAGAUCCCUUCUCUGGGUAUGUGCUUCUGCGAAGAAAAUAAAGAGGAAGGAAAAUGGGAGUUGGUGAACCCUCCCGUGAAGACGCUGACCCAUGGCUCAAACUCAGCGUUUAACUGGAGGAACUGGAUCCUGGGCAACUGAGAGCCCCUGUAUGUUUUCAUAAUUUCAUGACGAAGUUAUGAAACCCUCCGCAGAGGCCGUAAGACACCGUCACUUUGAAGGUAUCUUCGUCUCGCCUGAUAUGAUCUGUAGAAGCACAAAAUGCACUUUCAGAUUCCAGAACGUUUGCCAUCGAUUUCGUCUUUGUAACUGCGGAUUCUUGCCCUGCAAGCUCAGCUGCGAGGAUGCCACCUUGGAACAUGUGUAUCUGCCACGUGGCUUGCAGGGGAGUGAAGAGCUGUGACUCUAAUUUCCAGGAAUUAAAGACCCACCAUAUACACACCAAAAGAAUACAUGCACUUUAUUUUCUAUGUU